AUGGCAACAGAUCAAUCGAUGGCUAAUGUAAAGGCACUCAUUAAACAGAGAACAACAAUUAAAAGUCAAGUGACGCGUAUAGGUUCUUACGUAAAGGAGAAGUCAGAUUCAAAUUUUGGUGAAUUAGAAGCACGUAAAGAAAAACUUGAGCAAUUGUGGAAUGCAUACAAUGAAAUUCAGGGUGAAAUUGAAGCAUUGGAUGAAACAACUGAUUAUACGAGCGAAAGUAAGCAGUUUGAACAGCAUUAUUAUGAGAUCAAAGCUUUGUUUGUUAAUCGUAUGCCGAAUUCACAAUUUCCAAAUCGGGGUGCAUCUUCUAGUAAAGCAGUAAAUUCAUCAAGUGUAAAACAAGCUAAUACGCUUUUGCCUAAGAUUGAAAUUAAGCCUUUUGAUGGUAACCCGAUUGAUUGGCAUAGUUUUUAUGACACGUUCAAAGACAUGGUACACAAUAACGAGGACUUACUUACGGUUCAAAAGUUUCAUUUUCUUAAAAAUUCGUUACGCGGAGAGGUAGCAUCGAUAGUAGCCCCUCUUGCCGCGUUGGAAGAAAAUUAUGAAGUAGCAUGGAAUUUGUUGCAAAAGCGUUGCAACAAACCACGGCAGAUUUUACACGCACAUUUAAGGUUGCUUUUCGAACUCCCUGAGAUUCAGCGUGACACUCCUUCUAAUUUAAGAUUAUUAUCGGAGAAAGCUCAGAUGCACGUUCAAGCACUAACAUUGUUGAAAGAACCUGUAGAGCAUUGGGGUACGAUUUUAGUAUUUAUAAUAGCUAACAAACUAGACAAACAUACACGAAAGGUUUGGGACCGUACUUUAGAAAAUGAGGAACGACCAACAUUUGAUCAGCUUAUUAACUUUAUUGAUAAACAAGCGCGUAGCGAUGAGGUUGAAUCGACAAUUGUAUCACCGGUAAAGGGAACUCAUCAAGAUUAUCGAAUUAAAGGUAAAAUUCCAAGUCGUGGGCAGGCAUAUUUGGCUACAGGAAAGCAAUUAGCGUGCGUAUUUUGCAAACAAGGGCAUGAAAAUUAUUAUUGUCCUCAAUUUAUACAGCUCAGUGUACAGGAGAGAUUGAGCGCGGUAAAAAGGGCAAGAGUUUGUCUUAACUGUUUAAGAAGCAAUCAUAUGGUUAGUAACUGCAAGUCGAUGGGUUGUCGCAAAUGUAAUCGCAGACAUCAUAGCUUAUUACAUUUUAAUAACGAGGCUCGGGUUACAAUUCCCGACAGUAGUAAAGCAGCAGGUAGUAGCCCAUCAGGUAGUGCCUCGCGGGAGAACGCCACCUCUUCAACAGAAACGAUCAGAACCGCUUUAACCGUAUUGUUUGAUUCCGAAGUACUUCUAGGCACAGCGCAGGUAAAAAUUCUAGACAAUUUGAAUGAAGAACAUUGCUGUCGCGUGCUCCUGGAUGGGGGAUCUCAAGCUCAUUUUAUAUCAGAAAGAUUAGUUGAUCGCUUGAAGAUAAAGAAGCAGGAAAUAAAUUUAACAUUUUCCGGAUUAAGCAAACUUAUUACGCGUGCCCGGUAUUAUGUUAAAUCUGUAAUUAAGUCUAGAGAUAACACUUUUGCCACUGAGCUAAGAUUUAUUGUAUUACCAACGAUUACUGGAUUGUUACCAGCCCGACAAAUUGAUCGUAGAGCUCUUAGUAUACCGAACAACAUAAACUUAGCUGAUCCGGAAUUCCAUAUGCCUAGCGAAAUAGAUUUAUUGUUAGGAAACACUUUGUUUUAUCGUGUAUUAUCGAUCGGUCAAAUUCGGACAUGCAAUGAAAAUAUAAUAUUACAGAAAACGCGUUUAGGGUGGUUAGUAACGGGAGAGGUGGAAUCGCAAGGUGAAUUUAUUAAACAGGAUAGAGUGAAAAUGAGUUAUUUGGUCACAUCAUUAGAUAAACAAAUAGAGCGGUUUUGGGAAAUUGAAGAACUUCCGACAAAGCAGUUCUUUUCCCCAGAAGAAUUAGAAUGUGAGAAUCAUUUCAAGGAAAAUACGUGUCGCGAUAGUAAUGGUCGUUAUAUAGUUCGUUUACCUUUUAACGACAAGAAAGAUUUAUUGGGGGAAUCUAAAACUAUGGCGUUAAAACGUUUCUACAGUUUAGAACGUAAAUUGCAUCAGAAUCCCGAGUUGUUGAGACAAUAUAUUGAAUUUUUAGAUGAAUAUCGAGUUCUAGGUCACAUGUAUGAAAUUACUACAUUAGAGGACAAUAAAAAUGGAUUCUAUCUUCCACAUCAUGCUGUGGUGAAGGAAUCUAGUGCAACCACCAAGGUUAGGGUUGUUUUUGAUGCAUCGGCGAAAAGUUCGUCGGGUAUUUCUCUUAAUGAGGCUUUAUUAGUUGGUCCGACCAUUCAAGAUACAUUGUUUACUAUUUUACUUAGAUUUCGAAUUCAUUCUUAUGUUUUUACGGCAGACAUUGAGAAAAUGUUCAGACAGAUCAAGGUCCAUUCAAGCGAUGUAACGUACCAACGUAUUCUAUGGCGUGAGUCUAUGGAUAAACCUAUUAAAACAUAUGCGUUGAAUACAGUCACUUGUGGAACUGCAUCAGCACCAUAUUUGGCCGUGAGUUGUUUAAAUCAGUUAGCUGAAGACGAGAUUAAUAGGUUUCCCAUAGCAUCAAGAAUUUUGAGACGAGAUUUUUAUAUGGACGACGUAUUGACCGGCGCAUCUAGUUUGGAGGAAGCUUUAGUAUUACGAAAUGAACUUAUCGCAUUAACAAAGACUGGAGGUUUUCACUUGAGGCAAUGGACUUCUAAUAGUAUUAAGUUAAUAGAAGAUUUAGAUACGCAGAAUAAUUUGAAGAGUUUGUCGCUAGAUUCGUCCGAAGCUAAGAAAACUUUAGGUGUUUUUUGGAAGCCGUCUACCGAUACUAUUAUUUAUACCACAAAGGCAUUUGUUGGAAAGACGCGCAUUACGAAGCGAUUAAUACUGUCCGAGAUUUCUCAACUCUUCGAUCCACUAGGUUUACUCGGACCUGUUAUUAUCAAAGCCAAAAUAAUCAUUCAGCAGCUUUGGAAGGCUAACAUAACUUGGGAUGAGCCGGUUCCUCAGAAUAUAAGUUGUUCAUGGUUAGAUAACCACGGACAAUCCCGAAUUUUGAGACGAGAUUUUUAUAUGGACAACGUAUUGACCGGCGCAUCUAGUUUGGAGGAAGCUUUAGUAUUACGAAAUGAACUUAUCGCAUUAACAAAGACUGGAGGUUUUCACUUGAGGCAAUGGACUUCUAAUAGUAUUAAGUUAAUAGAAGAUUUAGAUACGCAGAAUAAUUUGAAGAGUUUGUCGCUAGAGUCGUCCGAAGCUAAGAAAACUUUAGGUGUUUUUUGGAAGCCGUCUACCGAUACUAUUAUUUAUACCACAAAGGCAUUUGUUGGAAAGACGCGCAUUACGAAGCGAUUAAUACUGUCCGAGAUUUCUCAACUCUUCGAUCCACUAGGUUUACUCGGACCUGUUAUUAUCAAAGCCAAAAUAAUCAUUCAGCAGCUUUGGAAGGCUAACAUAACUUGGGAUGAGCCGGUUCCUCAGAAUAUAAGUUGUUCAUG